GCUUCUCGUGACGUCACUGGCGGGACCCCCACUUUUUCCCUAAAAAAGAAACGAGCGCGGAAUUGGGGGGAGGGGCUCUUGGUGUGCCUCGAUGUUUAACUCAUGCUAAUUUUUACUUUUCGCAAAGAAAAUGGGCUUUUGGGCUGAUUUUCCCUGGUAAAGGGCCAAUGGCAUCUGCCUUAGGGACCGUCGGUGUUCAGUUGCUGCGGCAGCCAGGUUGUGGGAGCUGCCUGCCCCCUUGCUCACUCACCGAUGAGGACCUGGCUGCCUACCCUGGCUUGGCUAACCUCCUUUUGGGCCUGACCAGCCAUAUGGACUCCAGUGGGCUCAGUGUACACUUGGCACAACAAAUGGAGGAGGCAAGAAAGGAAUUGCAGCGGUGCCGAGGAAACUGGUUGAAAUGGGAAGUGGUCCAUCGGCUUCUGCAGGAGGCGCUAAGGGAACUGGGAACUGGCCUGUCUCCACGGGACCAAAAAUUCCUUGAGGUCCUGGAGCAGCAGCUUUCGGUAGCUGAGCUGAAACGGAUGCUUGAUCUCGGCCCUUCUCUGCAAGAUGCACAACCAUCUCUUUUGGGUUUGGAGGCCUCUGAUCUACAGGAGCUUCUCCCCCCUAACCAAGAGCUGGAGCAAAUGCGAAAACACCUCCCCGCGGAAUUGGAGAAACGCCUUAAGUCCAAAUGCCUUGCCGUACUCGGUUACUACCUCCCUGAGAGUGAUGGCGCUGGAGAAGCUGCACGGGCAGCGAUGCUGGGGACCUUGGCAGAGCGCUUGGCUGCAGAGAAGCGGCACCUGCGAGAAAGCCAGGCUCGGCACCAGGAACUGGUGGGGUUGCUGGAGCAGCAGAAAGCUGCCUAUCCCCAGGUCUUAUUACGCUGCUUGGCCAUCCUGAAACGCUUGGCCCGUGAGCUCCGCCUUAAUGCUCAGUCUGAACUCGACUAUUUCAGCACCCAGUACCUGGAGACCAAGUGCAAUGCCAUGUUCUUCAAGAUACGGCUCGAGGAGCUGAGCAUCCUUUUGGAAACCUACACGCCUGAGAAAGUGGAUGUGCAUCGGAUGAUGAGGGACAAACUGCAGGCGGCACUAAGCCAAGAGGAGCAAGACCUGGCCACUUCUCGCAAGAUCGUCUCCAACUAUGAGACACUGGGCCCUGAUUUCGAAGAACUGGUGAAGGAAUAUGCCCGGCUGCAAGCCAUCAUUGAGAACAGGCGCUGGGCCCUGAGAGAAUUCAGCAAAGACUGAGGCCUUGUUUGGGCACGGACUGGUUGAAUAUUGAUCCGUUUAGUGUGUAACGACUGUUUUGUACAAUAAAGUACGGAGGAACGGC